UUCUGUUUUAUUUGCACUACACGUAUCCACCGUAUACCCCACUUUAUCCCACAUUCCGUCCCCCUACUUCCACCGUAAAAGUAGACAACACUUGCUUCAAACAAAAACCAAGCUUUAGGAGACGCUAGGAGUCGACGUGUUUACUAACGGAAUCAAUUGAAUGGACGAGUCCACUUACUUUGAUCCCGAGUUCGAUGCUUCCUCGUUGAGGGUAGUUGACCUCCGGCGAAUCUUGGGUCAGCAUAAUUUGUACCAUCCUUCUACAGCAAAAAAAGCACAAUUGAUAGAACUAUUCAACAAAUUAAGAGAAGCAAAAAAUGGAUUGAGAUCGUUGGAUGUUUUAAAAAGCGAGAAUGCACCUCCUCCUCGCAGUCCACGAAAAAAACACGCCGAAUCUCCACGUAAAAGCCCUCGCAAGCAAACACGGGCAGAACCAUUACGGAGAUCUACUCGUCUGUCACCAAAAAAGGGAAAGUCAUCUGCUGAAAAGUUUUCGAAUUUUGGCGAUGAUGAGUAUACAGGAUUUGCCGACGUGAAACCCAGAAAACUAUUUUCCGCAGAGAAAACGGAGGCCCUGGACUUUGAAUUUACAUCAAUUCCAGAACUGGCAGUCCCUAAAAAAGAAGAGAAGGAUCAGUCCUUGCUCUCGAUGACUGGAAUUGCAAAAGAGACUUUGCUCGAAAUGCCCGAGUUCCGUCAUCUGUCUGACAUAAAAGAAGAAGUACUAGAGGAGAAUGGUAUUUCCGUAAAAGAAGAGAAGGAUAAAAAAAACUCACAGCUCCUGUCCUCACCCUUGCUUGAAGCACCCGUAUUCAUUACACCUCAACGGAGUGCCCCGUUUUCUUCUAUAAACGAGGGAAUACGGAACAGACAGGACGAUUAUUCUAAUCUUACGCCUUCAGUUGAAGGUCCUGUCAUGGUUACCCCCCAACGAAGUAUACCUUUCUCUGCAGUUAACGGAGGAGCCCGGAUCGAUGAUGACUCUUUUUCCAAUCUCACACCUUCCAAUGAAGGCCUUGUCAUGAUUACGCCUCAACGAAGUGUCCCUUUUUCUGCAGUCAACGGAGGAGUCCACAAUAGUGAAGACUCCUUUUCUAAUCUCACGCCUUCAGUUGAAGGUCCUGUCAUGAUUACGCCCCAACGGAGUGCUCCCUUCUCGUCAAUUUCUGCGGGUCUCACAAUGGACGCGGAAGCAAGCAUAACACCAUCGGCUGAAGGUCCUGUCAUGGUUACUCCACAACGAGGUGUGCCCUUCUCAUCACUUGGCCUUUUACGCGAGGCUCGCAAAGGCCUUGGUUCUUCUCCAUCGUCGAGUCCUUCAACAGAAGCUCCCGUCAUCAUAACUCCUCAAAGAAGUGUGCCUUUCUCUUCUUUGAGCGUUCAGCGAAUGCCUAUAAAAGAGAAAUACCCUUUGGAUACCCCAGAAGCAGAAGCUCCCGUGAUAAUUACUCCUCAAAGAAGUGCCCCUUUUUCCUCUAUCAGUGGACUCCAAGGUUCUCAAAGUUUGUCACCUUCUGUUUCGUCGAUUGAUUCAUCUGUUUGCAUUACUCCACACAGAAGUGUGCCAUUCUCGUAUGUUAAUGCCGCACGCUCCGCUCGGUCACCGUUGAGCUUGUCUUCCCCCAGUGUCGAAGCUCCUGUGAUGAUUACUCCCCAACGCAGCGUCCCAUUUAGUUCUCUCUCAGCAGUUGCUGCUCUCAACAAUAAGUCGACUCCGGGUUCCGUUUCGUCGCCCCCGUCUGAUGAAGCACCUGUAAUUAUCACACCGCAUCGAAGUAUACCCUUUUCGUCUACUACGCCUGCUACUCUUGGCACCAAGCAAUUUGCUACACAAUCUGCAAAAAAAUCGCCUUCUGCUCUAAAGCAAUUUACACCAGAUACCAGUAUUCUCACUCAAUCUUCGGUCGUUGCACAGGCUUUGGAGUCUGGUAACUUCAGCCCCGUUGCUAACACAUACUCAUCUCCAAUAAAUCCGAGUGUUUUCAAAACUCCUAGUCAGGAUCUGAGUCGUCUGAAGGCAUUUGAUUAUUCAUCUUCGCCCGCUCCGUCAUCACCGCUCUCAUCCAACCCAAUCAAUACUUCAAUUUCUUCAGCAGUGGUUGUUGAAGAUGAUGUGAUGGCCGUAACAGAUGAGCAAUCCUCUUCUUCUAAUCAAGAAAUUCCUUCCACAAUUACUUUGCCCUCUUCUCCCUUACCGGCAACUGUAUUGAGCUCUUCGUCAGAACUUCAGCUACCCAGUUCGAGUGGAGACUCCUCUACACGAGAAACAGCACCGGAAGGGUCUGCAGCAAUUACAAGACAAUCUGAAGUUUCACUUUCGAGUUCUUCGGACACUGCAGCUUUUGUUGCCCAGUUGCAAUCUCUUUACGAUAAGGCGCCAGUCUCCUCGCAACCAUCGAGCCCAGGAGAGUACAAGCUUGACUUGAGUUACCAACUUGAAUCUAAUACCCCAAGCAAGUCAUCACGUGUGUCCACUCCUAGCUCAUUGAACUCAAACAAGUCGGUGGCUCAAACUUUACCUUUAGAGAGUCCCCUUGUUUCUGCACAUUCCCGGCUUGCUGCUUCGCGCGUUGUUCAAAAAAUACCCCCUGCAUUUGAAACCCGCUCAAGGAGCAAAUCUUCAUGGAAAUAUUCCAUUCUUGCUUUUGCAAUGUUUGUAUUUUCAGUUUUUGUUUAUUAUUGGCGCCAAAGUGUUCUUCAUGCUGGCUUCUGUGAAGUUUCAACUCUCGAUUCAGAGGAUUCCCCGCUUUUGGCGCCUUUCCCUAUUUCAUGUACACCGUGUCCCGAACAUGCUGAGUGCUAUGCUGGCUACAAGUUCCUCUGCGAAAACGGUUACAAAAAGAAGACCAGUUUUCUGAAUCAGUUUGGUUUGGGGAAGACUCCUUCAUGCGUUGUUGAUGAAGACUGGCAAAUAAAAACCUCACUGCUUGCUCGCUAUUCGCUUCAAGAGUUAAGCAAUAAAAAUCAACAGACUGGUUAUAGAACCGAUUCUGAACAACGGAGUGGUUAUACCGGCACGAAAAGUGUAUCCUUAAAAGCGUUGUACGACAAUUUAUGGUCACGUCAAGUCCUCUCGGUACCUGAAAGCGAGUUUUCACAGCUCUUUGCUGGAACACUGAACUUGUUGAAAAAUUCCGAAGACAUAGAGACCACAGACUCAACAAUUCGUUUAAAAAAAUCUGCGCCCGCUGUUUCGUUACCACCGAUCCCUAACGGAGUUCCGUUGACUUUUAUUCAAAGACAUCGUGCGAUUCUUGCCGUUGCAAGUACGCUGGUUUUGACGGUUGUAGCAUCCGCUGCGUUUUUACUUCUGCUGAGACGCUAUCAAGCAAGUCGACUGAGAGAGGAGAGUGUUCGGGCAUGUGCUUCGUACUGUGUUUCUCGGUUACAAACUAUUAAAAUGAAUGCCUUACGCACUGGUGGUCCUGCUUAUGUUGAGGUUUCUCAGCUUCGUGAUGAAUGUCUUCAACAAAAGCAUUCAAGCUAUGAUGCUUCUCUAUUGGAGGCAAUUCAACAAUUGCCUGCUGAUGUUCAAGCUGAAGUGUGGCGUGAAGUAAUGGUUGCUGUGGAAAAUAUGCUCAGCGUGCAUGUUCACGACUCAGACGGUGUCAGUCCUGCCCGUUCUUGGGAAUGGAUUGGCGUUCUGACGUCCACGGGCUCAGAUGACAAUUGAAUAUGUGUCUCGAGUGUUAUUGAGCAAUAAUAAGCCGCUCUCUCAAAAAAAAGACUAACUUUCCAGUCGUCAAUCGCCUAUUUGCAGUUGAGUUUUACUGAAAUAGUGUGUUUAUAUAAUGUUGAGUUUUUUCGUUCGUUUCUUUAUUCUUGUAGGUAAAUAAGAAUUGUAUUGAAAGUAAUAA